AUGGAUGAUGAUGAACCUCUUCAAAUCCCCAUCAUCGAUCCUCGGGUGGAAAGGGAUAUACCGUUGGCGGAGUCUGUAGAAGAACAGGAAUCCGACGUCUACGUCGCGCGCCACAACUCCAUCAUGAAUGCUUUGGGCGCGCAGGUGGAUGGGGCAUUAGCAGAGGCCGAUGUCUCCCUCUAUACGCUAAGUAAGGGAUUGGCGUUCGAAGUGGCAUUGUGUAACCCAAUUAGCGGCGAUCUAGCUAUUCGCGGACGACCUCCAGGGCUGAUGGAGUGGCGUAAGAGUAUCCAGCACGAGGCGGGCGUAUCCAACGGCGACGCGUUACAUUUGCUUUUGAAGGAUUCACGGGCUUAUAAUCGCCUGAUGGGCUCCCACUACAUGGACCUCUAUGUCGACGAUGGAGCGAUGCGGCAGCAAUGUCAAGCGUGGAUCAGCCGAUGUGGAGAGCGGUUGCUCACCGCGGGUGAGUGGUGGAAAGAGGCUGCUAGCCUCCAAAUUCUCGAUGGAGCGAUCGCGCGAGCCGACGAGGCCGCCCAGCUCUACUUCAGCACUCUUGUGAGCACAUUUCUGUUAUCCCAGAGCAUCGAUUCACCGCAGAGUAGGCUAUUAGGGAGGUCGAUGAUGUCGAUGCUUUUCCCGAACUGCAGUCGCAUGAUCCCCCAGCUCUCGUCGACCUCGUACAGAAUCUGA